AUGGCCGAUGGCACCGGUGGCGGUACGGGCAGUUCGAGCUCCUGGUGGAAGUCGCUGACCAACAGCAGUAAAAAGAAAAACAAGGCGGCAGCAGUGGGGGCUCAGCCACCCACCCAGCCCACACCGGGUGAGCCCACCCAGCCAAGCCCGGACUGGACUAACAGCGCGCGAGAGAACCAGCACCCCAACGUGCUUGGGGGUUCCGGUGAGCCCCCCAAGUCCGACAAGGACGGGGAAAAGUCGGGUGGCGGCAGCCGGCGAAACUUGAAGGUGUCGCGCUCGGGCCGCUUCAAGGAGAAGAGAAAAGUGCGCGCCACGCUGCUCCCAGACGGGAUGGGGUCUCCCGAGGAGGUGAACCUGGCCAGGGACCCCCAGGAGAACGCGUAA